UUCAACUAACAAAAUCGAACUAACGAAGUGCCGAUUGCUUCGCCAAAUAUAUUUGCAGGAAGGUUUCAUUUCAUUUCCAUGCAGCCUUUACAGUUCUCCAAAUUAAAUUCUGAUUCUGGCUUGUGCUCUUCACCCCUGCCCUUUACACUUGCUCCUCUGAUCUGAAAACUCUCUUCCCAAAUUGUGCUCUUCAAGCCAGAAUACAGAAAUCCAAAACCCCUUUCAAUGAUUAGCCUCAGCUUAUAAGUAGUCAGGUAGAAGUGAAUUAAUUAUGCCGCAGAUUCAGUAAUGGACGGAAGUGAAAUGGCCAGAGUCCUGAAGAGAUUUGGAGACGAUGAACAGAGCACUCUGCUUGACCAGUACGAGAGGUUGACCUUCGAAGUCCAGCUGAACCGGGCCAUUCUGGGCAGGAGUGCUUCCGAUCAGCCUUACCGGCCCAGACUGGCGCCGCCGCUGGUUCUGGAGAAGGGGAAGCGCCGCCGCCGCAUUUGUUUGGGUCUGCGGAAGGCGGUUAAGAAGCUGAUGAGACCCAUUCUGGGAAGUAAGAAGAAGGUUGUUGUGAAUGACGACGACGAUGGCGACGGUGGGUUGUCGCCGGCCGAUCCGAAGCACCCCACCGGCUGGAAGGCAUUCAGCAAGUCAAUGAGGUUCUGAAAUGCUUGAAAAUUUGAAGUCUCUCCGUCCACCUGUUUGAAUUUUCAAAUCAGAUUGUAUUGUUUUAAUUUAUAAUUCAAAUGUUUGAAAUUGUUUUUGCUUACAUUGUAGGGGCAUUGUUUUAUAUUAUGAAAAUUGUUUUCAUCAAUUUGUGUUGCUAUAUAUUUUUCAAAUUAGAAAGUAUCUUAUCAGCCAAAUUUUUCACCAAACACAUAACUUUUGCUUUUGCGCGG